UUGACAGUGUGACACAUGUUGUAAACAUUAAACUAUGGCUUUAGCAGUGAACGUUAGAAAUACACUUUACAAAUUUAUUGAUAUAGGUGUCAAUUUAACAGACCCCAUGUUCAGAGGUGUCUAUCACAAUUCCACAAAACAUCAAGAUGAUUUUGACGAUGUAAUGGCAAGAGCUAAAGAUGUGGGUAUGACAAAGAUGAUGAUCACGGGAGGCUAUCUCGAGGAAUGUAAAGAGGCUUUAGAACUCGCCAAGACAAAUGACAUGUUUUAUUGCACUGUGGGCUGCCACCCAACCCGAUGCCAGGAGUUUACAAAGAAUGACUCUGAGAAAUAUCUACAGAGUUUGCUAGAUCUGACUGUCACUAACAAAGACAAAGUCGUGGCUGUAGGAGAAUGUGGUCUAGACUAUGAUCGUCUCCAUUUCUGUCCAAAGGAAAUUCAACUCAAAUAUUUUGAAAAACAAAUGGACCUUGCAGAAACAACCAAACUGCCCAUGUUUCUUCACAGUCGCAACUGUCACACAGAUUUCAUAGAUAUCAUCAAACGUAACAGAGAUAGAAUGUCAGGAGGUGUGGUUCACUCCUUCACAGGAACAGCGGCCGAGGCCAGGGAGAUUGUAGAACAGGACUUAUAUAUAGGAAUCAAUGGAUGCUCUUUGAAAACUCAGGAAAAUAUAGAUGCAAUGUGUUCAAUACCUUCAGAAAGACUAAUGAUAGAAACAGACGCCCCUUGGUGUGAAAUCCGCCCAACUCAUGCUGGUUUUAAACAUAUCAAAACAACCUUCCCCACAAGGAAAAAGGAAAAAUGGGAGAAAGGAUUUUGUGUCAAAAGCAGAAAUGAACCUGCAUUUAUAAUUCAAGUGUUGGAGGUGAUGAGUGCAGCAAGACAAACAGAAAUUGGAGAGCUGGCAGAACAGCUGUAUAGCAAUACAUGUCAAUUGUUUUUUCCUUAAUAAAAAUUGUUAUACAUAUUCA